AUGAAUGAAAAGGUAGAAACUAUUGUUUCUUCUAGAAAUAGGUUUGCUGCCGAGGAUCACGAGUUGGAUCUCAAAGCAAUCAACUCUGCUGCUGUUUCAUUGGCUCAUGUGGGUGAGAUGUUGACCGAGAUGCAAAAAAGAAUCAUCUUGAAAAGAUUAAACUAUGAUAAUAUUGUGGACUAUAGCGAUAUUCCCACUGGCGCCGUGUUUAUGAUUGAAAAAAUUCAAAACUUGUCCAUUGAGGAAUCACUUAGUAUCUUGAAAGAGGCUCUAGUUGAUCACGAUGACGAUGUAAAUUUCCCUACUGCCGAUUACGACUUUAUCAAGCGAUUGGUAGAGCACGAACCAUCAAUGAUUGAAGAAAAAACAUCAUGCGAGUCAAUUCAAGCAGAGAAUAACAACAACAACAACAAUAACAACAAUAAUAAAAAAAUUGAAACAAUUAACGAAAAAGUCACCGUCGAGUCCAGUUCUGAAAUAAAUAGUAGUAGCUCAGAUAAUGAAGAAGGCCAGGAUUUUGACGAGUUCAAGAUAGUUGACUGGGAUCUUCAAGUGAAAUUAGAAGCUGCCUUGAUUGCAUACCAUUCUCCAUACCCCGAGGUGCGUGCAGUUACUGACCCCUUUGACGACCCUAUGAUUCCAUGCGAAACUUUGAGAGUCUAUAUACUUGGUAUCAUUUGGACGUGUAUUGGUACUUUUAUCAACCAGUUUUUUGCCGAACGUCAGCCAGCAGUAUCAUUGGGCAGUGCCGUUUGCCAGCUUUUACUUUACCCGAGCGGCGUGUUGAUAUCCAAGAUCCUUCCACACAAGACACUCAAUUUUUGGAAACUUUCCAUAAACUUGAACCCCGGUCCAUGGACACACAAGGAACAAAUGCUUGCCACUAUUUUUUAUAGUGUCUCCAAUGGUAUUUCAUACGUCAGCUACAAUCUCCACGCACAAAAGCUCGAGCUUUUCUACAACAACCAAUGGGUGGAUUUUGGAUACCAAGUAUUGCUCAUCUUGGCUACAAACUACUUGGGCAUUGGGUUUGCAGGCAUCUUGAGAAAAUUUGCAAUUUAUCCCCACAAGGCGAUCUGGCCAACAAUCUUGCCAACAAUCGCUUUGAACAAGGCUCUUUUGCAAAAAGAAACCAAGGAAGACAUCAAUGGCUGGAAAAUCUCACGUUACCGCUGGUUUUUCUUGGUUUUUUCCUUUUCAUUUGUAUACAAUUGGUUUCCAACAUACUUUAUGAACUUUUUGUCAUACUUUAACUUUCUCACAUGGUUUGCUCCAAACAAUGUCAAUUUGGUUGCUAUUACGGGCAGUGCCUCAGGGUUGGGUAUGUCUCCAAUACCAACAUUCGAUUGGAAUAUCUUGAACUUUAAUGGAGCUUUGGUCUACCCAUUCUACGCACAAAUCAACCAGUACAUUGGCACAGUGCUUGCUUUUUUUGUCAUUGUUGGUUUGUGGUACUCAAACUACAAAUGGACAGGCUACAUUCCAAUCAACUCAUCAUCCUUAUUCGAUCAGCAUGGAAAUAGGUAUAACGUGAAGAACAUUGUUGAUGAAAACACAUUGUUUGACCAAACAAAGUAUGAGCAAGUUGGUCCACCAUACUAUUCAGCAGCCAACUUGGUUGUUUAUGGAUCCUUUAUUGCGCUUUACCCAUUCUCAAUUGUGUAUGAAGGCUUUAUGAAUAGAAAGCCCAUUUGGAAUGCCUUGAAAGGGUUGGUCCAUGGAUUCAGAAACUGGCGAGGCUCUGUUUACGAAGGAUUUUACGAUCCACAUACUACAAUGAUGAAGAAAUACAAGGAGGUCCCCGAUUGGGUGUUUUUAUUGGUGUUGGUGGUUUCCAUUGUUUUGGCGAUAAUCUGUGUCCAAAUAUAUCCCGUGCAAACUCCCGUUUGGGGUAUAUUCUUUGCUGUUGGUAUCAAUUUUGUCUUUUUGAUCCCAUUAACGAUUAUUUACGCCACCACUGGUUUCUCGUUCGGAUUAAAUGUGUUGGUGCAAUUGAUUGUUGGCUUUGCCUUACCUGGAAACGGGUUGGCCUUGAUGUUUCUCAAGGCAUUUGGAUACAACAUCAAUGGACAAGCUCAAAAUUACAUCUCUGACCAAAAAAUGGCACACUAUGUGAAGAUCCCACCAAGGGCCGUAUUUAGAUGCCAGAUGUUGUCCAUCUUUGUUUCGUCGUUCCUUGGCUUGGCCGUGCUCAAUUUCCAAAUUGAAAACAUUCCAAACUACUGCUCACCCACAAACACGCAGAAAUUCACUUGCCCCAACUCUACAGUCUUUUACAGCGCUAGUAUACUUUGGGGUGUUAUUGGCCCUAAAAAGGUGUUUAGUGGGUUGUAUCCGGUGUUGCAAUGGUGUUUCCUUAUUGGAUUCUUGUUGGCAUUCCCGUGCAUAGCAUUCAAAAAGUAUGCACCAAAGAAGUAUACAAAGUAUUUCCAGCCAACGUUGAUGAUUGGAGGCUUCUUGUACUAUGCACCAUACAAUUUGUCAUUCUACACUGGUGGUGUCUACUUGUCGAUCUUGUUCAUGUGGUAUAUAAAGAGUCGUUACUUGGCAUGGUGGCAAAAGUACAAUUUCGUCUUGUCGGGAGCCAUGGACGCUGGCGUGGCAUUUAGUGCUAUCAUAAUCUUUUUCGCUGUGCAGUACAAGGAGCACUAUCUCAGCUGGUGGGGUAAUGAUGUCCCAUGGAAAGGCAUCGAAGGAAUGGGCGGUGCAAGCAGAUUGGAUCCUGCCGAUGCUCCGGGAGGAUUCUUUGGUCUCAGACCAAACCAGUAUCCAUGA